CAUGAACUCAAAAGGCUACGUUUCCUGCACAUAAAAAAACUAACAACAGUCAACUUACAACAAUCAAACAAAACUGUUUGCGGGCGGGGUGUGUCCAAAACUUAGUUUUUAUAAAAACUAUCAUGAUUUAGUACAAUUUAUGUAUACAAUCUAGCAGAAAAGCAGCUAAAUAUGAAUAAGUGCAUUAUAUUGGCCCUUCAACUAGUACUGUUCGGUGCAACUAAGGCAAGUGUAUACGGUGCCGAUAAUGUACUGAAUGGUAUUGGUAAAGUGCCCAAAGUAGAAGGGCAAGACAUUAUAACAUGGUGCACGACUUCAUUACUAGAAAACGAAAAAUGUGAAAAGCUUGCGAAAUCAGUCCUCCAAGACAAGGGACUGUUUGGACAGGAUUUUAUUGAACUGCAGUGUAAAAGGGCUUUUGACACAGAAGAAUGUAUGACAUGGGUGGACCGAGGAGAGGCAUCCCUGCUUGGUUUAGAUGCUGGUGAAGUCUAUGUUGCUGGCCGAUACCACUCAUUAGUACCAAUAUUGCAAGAGUUAUAUGGUAGAGGGGAACCUUACCAAUACUCUCUAGCAGUGGUUCGCAAGGGUGGCCUGCCUGCAGUGCAGCCAGGAUCAGGGCUUACGGCAUUACGAGGGGCAAGGGCCUGUUUCCCAGGUGUUGGUGCUCUAGCUGGAUGGGUGAUGCCCAUACAUGUUUUAAUGCAAGAAGGGGGAUUAAAAAUUACGGACUGUAAUAAUCAUGUGAAAUCAGCAAUAGAGUUUUUCGGCGAAUCUUGUGCCCCAAAUUCUCUGAAGGAUAUGUAUAAUCCAAUUGGUGAUAACUCUGACAAGCUAUGUAAGCUAUGUACGGGCGGCGCUGGUAUUCGCUGCACGCUAGCCGAUCCUUACGCGGGCUAUGAAGGCGCGUUGCGUUGUCUCAUCGCGAACAACACCGGCGACAUCGCCUUCGUGCGCGACACCACUAUACAACACGCCUUGCUGUCUCAUCAGAUACUUGGUGGAGUAACAGAAGACCAGUUCGAGUUGAUCUGUCGCGACGGGUCGCGGCGCCCCGUCACGGACGCGGAGAACUGCAACUGGGGCAGAGUGCCCGCUGACGCCAUCGUGACCAGCAGCGCGGUCACCAUGGAGCAGAGGAAGAAAUACCAAAUGCUCAUACAAGUGAUCUACCAACUAUAUGGUGAACCUAACCCUCUAAAUAGAAACUAUAACAUGACUUCAGCUUUCCAAACAGGAGGUCCUUUCAAUCCAUACUCAAGUACUGAGGCCAAUAGAUACUCAUAUGAUACUUUCAAUAGAGACAGGUUUAAUAAUAAUGUGAAUAAGAACUUUGAUGAAGAAGAUGACAGAAACAAGGCAAGUACUAUGCCGCCUUUCAAAUCGCGUACGGAUUCUUCAGGACAACCCAUUGAAGCCCUGUUCCGACUCUUCAGAUCGAAUGAGACCACUGACCUUUUGUUGCAAGACGCAACAGUCAACUUCCGUAUACUUAAAGAAGAGGAAAUGGCAGCAAAACACAUCUUGAACAACAAGUUUGUUGGCGAGCAAGCGGAGAAGGCGGUCCUGGCCAUCAGGAACUGUCCCAUCAAGAGAGCCACGCUGUGUGUUACCAGUGACCCGGAGAUGGACAAGUGUGUUAAAAUGAGGGUGGCGCUGAAGGCGGCGUUCCUGUCGCCGGCGCUGGUGUGCUGGCGCGGGCACAGCGCGCGCCACUGCGAGCGCGCCAUCGCGGAGGGCGCGGCGGACUUCGCGCUGUUCGACGCGGCCGACAUGCUGCACGCCGCGCACAGGCAUCGCCUCGUGCCCUUCAUGCAGGAGAUCUACACAAGCGGCGACAACUGGUACUACGCCGUUGCCGUAGCAAAGGAGCAAGAUCCAGACACAGACCUGACGUACCUGCGCGGCAAAAACACCUGUCAUACAGGACUGGGCACUGCAGCCGGCUGGGUGUUCCCACUGGCGUACCUUAUAUCUAACGGGUGGAUCAGAUCGUACAGUUGCGACGGCGCCCACGCGGCCGCCGAGUACUUCACCAAGUCGUGUGCGCCCGGCGCGCUCAGCUCGGAGUACGUGGACAGCGGGACUGUACCACACGACAACCUCUGUCAUCUGUGUCACGGGGCAUCUUUCAGACGUUGCCGUCGCGACGCCAGCGAGGACUACUUCGGUCACGUGGGCGCGGUCCGCUGCAUGGUGGAGGGCGGCGGCGACGUGGCCUUCGCGCGCCACUCCGCGCCCGCAGAGGUGUCGGCCGGCCGCCGCCGCGAGUGGUGGGCCCGCGACCUGCUGCCCGACGACCUGCAGCUGCUGUGUCCCGAUGGUACUCGUGCUAAAAUGCAUGAAUACAAACACUGCAACUUAGGCAAAGUGCCUGGCUCCGUACUAAUGGGCAGGCCUAACCAUACUGAAUUGGAUACUUACUCUAACUUGAUCGUGUACGCACAACAGUUCUAUGGGGCCGUCACUACUGACGAAUUCAGCUUCAGCAUGUUCUACUCUCAGCCGCCAUACUCCGACCUCAUAUUCAGUGAUGUGGCUGUACGGCUGAAGCCACUGCAGCACAGCAAGCGGUCCGCAGAAAUCAUUGCUGGUCCAGCGCUCAUCAGAGCCGCACGCAUCGUGUCCUGCGAUGCCCCACAAGCAUCGUACUACGUUGCCUCCGACCCCGACUUUUUGUCACACGCUUACAGUAACGGCGUAUUAGGACUUUUAUUAGCUAUAGCCCUGUUAGUUGCAGCGUUGUUAAGAUAAUUUAGGUAUUCUAGUUCCCAAUGGCGCCCAAUUUGAGAAACAUUUUAUUGCAGCUGGCAAAUAGAAUAGGAAUAUACUUUUUUACUUAUGUCUAAUGUUUCUGAAUUUUAUCAAUAUCUGUUGUUAUCUUUCACACUCACUUUAUGCUUAAA